UGCGGUGAGCAUCAGAUAAACACUUGUGUUGGUAUUUUUUUGCUGCCUGUUAGCUUUAAAUCCAAAUUGUGCCAUCGGAGUUACUGUUUCGCUGUUGGCACACGCUCCUGCUAUUAUUUAGCUUUUUCUAAAGCUAAUUUUGUCGAAAAAGCGUCGGUCUCCCUGGUCGUUCAGCCGAGGAGAGUUUGGUGUUUUCCUGUUCGUUGGUAUCAAAUGCAUUACAUAAUGUGGCGGUAAGCUGUUGUUAGCUUAAUACCGGCCUGUGUUUUUUAAAAAGACGUCUUUUACUCUAUCGCUUGUGACAAACAUUUGGGGGGAAGUCGUUGUAUUUUACAAUGGGAGUCAACAGGAUUUACAUUAGCAUCGGAUAUGCUACAUUUGGCACCCUGGUUGGACUUUCGGCUUUCUUCGUCUGGAAUAUAGCCUACAAACAGCCAUGGACGGCGGCCAUGGGAGGCCUGUCAGGAGUUUUGGCUCUCUGGUGUCUCGUCACGCACAUCAUGUACCUGCAGGACUUCUGGCGCACUUGGCUAAAAGGCCUCAAGUUCUUCAUCGGUGUUGGUGUGCUCUUCUCAGUUUUGGCGGUGGCUGCCUUCAUCACCUUCCUAACUCUCGCCAUCACACAUAAGCAAUCUCUGACUGACCCGAGGAGCCUGUAUCUCUCCUGUGUGUGGAGCUUCCUCACUCUCAAAUGGUCUUUCCUCUUGGCUGUAUACUCCUACAGAUAUCGCCAGGAGUUUGCAGACAUCAGCAUCCUCAGCGACUUCUAGUCAGUUCUGAUUUCAUAGACUGUGAUGGACUUUUGAAGGGUGUUGAGCUGCCAGCAGGAGCUGGUCAAAGAGCUUUUGUAACAAAGAGGCAGAAAAGCAGAUCUGGCUAGAUUAAAGAAUCACCUGACUUUCACCAUAUAUGGAGUUGCACUUGUCGCACUUGCUUAACAAGCUCUGUAUUUGUAUUGUUACCUGUUCUCCUACUUUUAAUGACCGAGAUAUAUUCCUGUAAGUAGUCAUAAGUCUAAACCUCUUAAGACUGGAACUGCUUUUGAAGUAAUUGCUUGAGGCUGUUAACGGAGAGACAUGCUGUGUUUUUUCAGACAGAUUUUGUCUUGGGAUUGUUUAAUCUUAAAACAGCUAAUGCACACAAGGAAAUCCCCACCAUAACAGGCUUUUAAUCCAAUGAUAAAAUGUUAAAAUGAAAGUGAAAAUACUCCCAGAGCUGAAAUCCUCAGAACCAAAACUAAAUCCUCCAACCUGAGGCCACUCUGCUGAUUGCUCAGUUGACAGUGUUUGUUGGAGUGUGUGAAUGUUUGUACCCAGAUGAGCUUUUUCAUAGUUUUAAACCUCAGAAUAAUCAUAUCACCAGACACUCACUGUCUGCGUCUGAAAAGUCGGUCUCUUUGCUCCUUUCAUCCUCAAUGAAGCAAUUUUAGAAACAUUUUUCAAAGAAAUUCAAUCACUGUUACGAAUAGUUAAACAGUCAUUUAGCUUUUUAAAGAAAGUAGUUAUUGAAUUUUAUUGCUCCCUUCAUUCCCUGCUUUUUUCUGGUGAGAACUAAAGAAGAGGCAUUCCUGUGGAAUUUGUGCUUUUCAUCUUUUGCUCCACCAGGGGGAGACUUGCUUUUUUCUGUCAAGAGUCCACUGGAAAAUUAUGACAUUCCUCUGAAAAAAACAAAUGAAUCUGAUAAGUAAUUGCACUUUAGUCUUUGAUAUUGAUGCCAUUGUUUUGCACACAAAUCCUGAUACAAUGGGGUAAAAAAAGAAUCAUGUUUGACACAUGGUCAUCUCUGUCUCACCCUUUUAAAUGUUGAAAUACACUGUUUAUAUGUAUCACUUAUUUUACAGGUAAUAUGAUUUCUGUAGGUCAAGUUAAACUAAGCUUUGUAUGUGGUUUACCUCCAGCUGUUGCGCAUGUCUUCCUUUUACCAUAAAAUGUGUUUAAAUGUUUUUUUUUCCUUUAUGAGAGAAUGAAUGUAAGGAUGCUAAAUGUAUAUAGAAACUGAACCCAUUAAAGUUGCAUUUAUUGUUAAUUACA